GUGACCUUUGAGGACGUGACUGUGGCUUUUACCCCGGAGGAGUGGGACCUGCUGGAGCCUGUGCAGAAGACUCUCUACAGGGAGAUGGUGCUGGAGAACUACUGGAACCUGGUCUCAGUGGAACACCAGCUCUCCAAACCAGAUGUGGUAUCUCAGUUAGAGGAGGCGGAGGAAUUGUGGCUGAAGGAGAGAGAACUCCCUCAAGACACCUAUCCAGAGUGUCCUGUGGCUCCCUUGGAAUCUCAAAAGGAUCCUCUCCCUGGUGGGGGGAGGGAUGUGAAUCCCCUAAUGAAGAUCACGGUUGUGGAGGUGCUCACACUGAACCAGGAGGUGGCCUGUGCCCGCAAUGCCCAGAUUCAGGCCCUGUAUGCUGAGGAUGGGGACCUAAGCUCAGACUCGGAGCUCCCUGAGGAACCUGCUCCACAGCCAACUGAGCAUUCGGGGGACCCUGAGGCCGCUCGCCAGAGCUUCCGGCAAUUCCGCUACCAUAUGGCCACGGGUCCCCAACAGGCCUUGGCCCGGCUGCGUGAGCUGUGCUGCCAGUGGCUGCGGCCUGAGGCGCGCUCCAAGGAGCAGAUGUUGGAGCUGCUGGUGCUGGAGCAGUUCCUGGGUGCACUGCCCAGAAAGCUUAGGACUUGGGUGGAGUCGCAGCACCCGGCAGACUGCCAAGAGGCAGCGGCCCUAGUGGAGGUUGUGACUUGGAUAUCUGCAGAUGAAGCUCUGCCAGCCCAGGGCCCUGGCUCUUCUCUGGAAAUCACUGAUUGGCAAGAGAAAGCAAAGGAGGAGGAGGUGGCCGACUGUCCUGCGAAGGAGCUGCCCGAGGAGAUGGUGACCUUCCAGGACGUGGCUGUGGACUUCAGUCGAGAGGAGUGGAGGCUGCUGGGCCCGACACAGAGGACAGAGUACCGCGAUGUGAUGCUGGAGACCUUGGGGAACCUGGUCUCUGUGGGAUGGGAAACAACACUGGAAAGCAAAGAGUUAACGCCCACAGCUGAUGUUUCUGCAGAAGAGCCAGCCCCAAGCCUAGAGGAGGACAACUCCUCAGGAGGUGGCCCCGCGGCCUCCUCAGGAGACAUCUUGCAGGAUGAGGUCUCAGGAGUCCAGGACACGGCUGGGAAACAAGUGAGGUGUGCUCAGGAGGAGAGCUGUGAGAGCCCCCAGGCCAGGGCCAGCACUGGGGUCCGCACAGGCCCUAUUCCACCCCAGAAAACUCCGGUUGCAAAGCGUGUACGCAAGCCUGGCCCUCAGGCAAGGAGCACAAAACAUGAGCCACGGGUGAAAACACACCCAAACAGUGGUAACCUGGGCAAAGCCAAGGAUGGCGGUGGCAGCGGGCCCACCUGUGGCCGGAGCGCACAACAUAUCACAUUCACAAGGAUCCACAAGGAGAGCCCCCACUGUCGCUGCAGCGAGUGUGGCAAGACCCUGCGGAACCCCAAGUACUUCUCUGUGCAUAAGAAGAUCCACAUAGGAGACAGACCCUUUGUGUGCCAGGAGUGCGGGAAAGCAUUCAUCCAGAGCUCCUCCCUCACGCAGCACCAGAGGAUCCACACUGGAGAGAAACCAUUCAAGUGUCGCGAGUGCGGGCGUGCCUUCAAUGAUCGCUCAGCCAUCUUCCAGCACCUGAGGACUCACACUGGCGCCAAGCCCUAUCCAUGCAGGGACUGUGGCAAAGCCUUCCGCCAAAGCUCGCACCUCGUCAGGCACCAGAGGACUCACACUGGGGAGCGCCCCUAUGUGUGCGCCAAGUGCGGGCAGGCCUUCAACCAGAGCUCGCACCUCAUCGGGCACCAGAGGACGCACAACAGGGAGCUGGCCAAGAAGAAGACCAAGAGGAAGCUGCUGUGA